AUUAUGAAGUUGCAGGCCCAAUUUUUGGAACAACACAAAAUAUUAGAUAACAGCAAAGCUAAGGAUGCUCAAAUUUUGAGUCUACAAGCUCAGCUAGGGGAAAAGAACAAAUUGGAACAGAACAGUUUCCAAACAGUGAAGGAGGUUUUUCAAAACUCAUCCCUAACUGAACAUGAGGAUGAAUUGGCAUUAGGCGAACACAGUGAGUUAUUCAGUCUACCACCUGACAGUGUGUUAAAGUUAAAUUCUGUUAGUGCUGCACUAAAAGAAUUGUUAGUAAUAAGUCCAUGCAGCGAAGGAAGUGAACAAUUGUGGGACCGUAUUUGGGCUGAAAAUGGGUGUGGUACGGAAACCCAGAAAUAGCACGAGUUCAACAUAAAACAUGAAUUAGAAUUUUAGUGGGGGAUCAAGUCAAGUCUGGAAGUGUUACAGGGUGGAAGAGUGAGCUUACAGUUGAAAAACUGAAAGUGCAUUACCAUUAAGGUAUGAGGUAAAGUAAUGGAGUAUGCAAAUUGUCUAAUGAGAAGUACCAUCUUGUGUUAAUGAAUCCAGUACAACAGCAAUCCUUUAUAGUUCUGUCACAGCUAGAAGCCUCAAAUAAUUCUGCUUCCCUGGAUAAAGAACAACUUGUCCUUUACGUUCAGAGUGUUGGGGAAACUGGGUACUUAAAUGGCCCUAAAGAUGUUUCGCUUCACUGGCAUUGCAGCGAUGCACAUCAU